UCCAUCAGUAUUGAAGAGUUGGUCGAACCCACGCUUAAUGGCUGCCACUUCGACGACGACGAGAGACCCGAACUGAUCCAACGGGUGAUCGAACUGUUGCGUGUCGUCCGCGACUGUUGGCUCAUCGAAGGCCGAUCUCCGGUUCACAUCAUUUACGGCACAACAUAUCUGUCGUGGAAGUCAUUGAAGCCAUGGAUUCGGUCGAAAGUGAAGUUAACAGAGUUCUGUCGUUUGCAUUCAAUUGAAUACAAACACACGACUGUCGAAAGGGUGGGCGAAAUCUUCGAUGUCCUCAAACGGUUGGGCCAACGGAUUCCCGGCAAAGAGGCCUUCAAAUUCACGAAACAAAAUAUCGCCAUUUAUAUCAACGAUAUCUUGACGUACAACUCGUCGCUGUUGUUUGAUCUCAACAAUCACUUCAAGACAACCGCCACUUCGAGCGAACCGUCCACUCACUGGACCAACACAUUGAAGCGCAGGAGAAAACCCGCUCCAACGGCUCCCGAAGCGAUGGCAGCGAGUGCUGACCAACAGAAGGACGAAGAGUUCUCCGAUACGGAAAUCAAUGCUUAUAUUCGCAGCAAAACAGAAGUGAAGAAAAUCAAGAAAAUAAAGAAGAUUAUGGGAAACGACGACUCGAAUGAUGACCGAAGACAUGACCAGAAAGAUCACGAGUCCCUGUAUUCCAAAUACAUUAAAGUCGAUGGUUUGGAUGACUGAACAAUCAUUUAUCAUUCACUUAUCGAAGCAAACAAUUGCCACAAAUUUCAACACUUGAAUUAAUCCAAAC